AUGUCUGCGAGGGAUUACAGACAAGAUCCAUUUAAUAGGAUAAGAGGGCAGACAAUGAAGCUUAUAAUGAAAAUGAUGGCUAGGGAAGGUGAUCGUUUGUCUGCAGCCAUGAUUGUGAAGGAACCAUGGGUUGUGCAACCCAACAGAUUUUUUGACAAGUCUGGGCUCUGUGGAGAUCCUUCUGGGCUAUUUGACUUGAUUCCACAUGAAAGCAAAGUAGCACUUCACUUCACUCAACCUGGUGAAGUACAUAAAGCAUCGGGAACUUACUUCAUUUCUUCCCAGACUGGAGGAGUCAGGGGAGGAGAUGUCCACAGACUAUAUACCAAGAAAGGAGAUGGCAAGUCUAUUGUAAAGGAGGUGUGUGAAGCCCUUGGUGUAAUGGUGGUUCCCUACAAAGAUGUUGGAGAGUCCGUAGCGUUUUCUACAAUUGAUUCCAAAAGGUCUGUGCUUUCUGGAGAAAUUGGAAUCAAGAAAUUAAGCGAAAACUACUGUGUAAUUAUCUGUAGAACAAAAGGAGAUAGCCGGGAAUUCGAGAAAUUUGUAAAAAUGCUUGUGGACCUGACUGGAUAUAGUAGCAAGGAGUAUCUGGAUAUAAUUAUAUAA